AGUGAGUCCAGCUCCGUUACAUCAUCCGCGCCGGAACCUGUGCGCACGGGAACUCCUCGGACGAUCGGAUUGGCUGAGAAAAGCGGGGCCGGGGACGGGCUCGCGCCGCCAUUGGCUCAAAAGGUCCUCGGUCGGCUGGAGGGUUCGGAAGGAAGCCGCGAAGCUCGGCUGGCGAAGGCAUGGAGGCGUCCGCGGAGCCCGGGAACCUGGCAGGUGUUCAGCACAUCGUCCUUGUCCUCUCGGGAAAGGGCGGCGUCGGGAAAAGCACCAUCUCCACCGAGCUGGCCCUGGCGCUGCGCCACAUAGGCAAGAAGGUGGGGAUCCUCGAUGUGGACCUGUGUGGCCCGAGCAUCCCACGCAUGUUCCAGGCACAGGGCCGGGCCGUGCACCAGUGUGACCGCGGCUGGGUGCCUGUCUUUGUGGAUCAGGAGCAGAGCAUCUCCCUCAUGUCUGUGGGCUUCCUGCUGGAGAAGCCGGAUGAGGCCGUGGUGUGGAGAGGUCCCAAGAAGAACGCACUGAUAAAGCAGUUUGUGUCUGACGUGGCCUGGGGGCAGCUGGACUAUCUGGUAGUGGAUGCCCCCCCAGGGACCUCUGAUGAGCACAUGGCCGCUGUGGAAGCCCUGCGCCCCUACCAGCCUCUGGGGGCCCUUGUGGUCACCACACCACAGGCGGUGUCUGUCGGGGAUGUGAGGCGGGAGCUGACCUUCUGCAGGAAGACAGGGCUGCAGGUGCUGGGGGUUGUGGAGAACAUGAGCGGCUUCGCCUGCCCGCACUGUGCUGAGUGCACCAACAUAUUCUCCAGAGGUGGCGGGGAGGAGUUGGCCCAGCUUGCUGGAGUUCCCUUCUUAGGCUCUGUGCCCCUGGACCCUGAGCUCACCAGGAGCCUGGAGGAAGGUGACUUCAUCCAGGAGUUCCCAAAGAGCCCUGCAUUUUCUGCACUCACCUCCAUAGCCCAGAAAAUUCUGGAGGGGACGUCCACUCUACUUUCCUGACACUGCCCCACAGCUGCCUCCUGGUGCUGCUAUGGGCUCUACUCACAGCCUCUAAGAACUUUCAGAGCAGAAGUCCUGGGUUUGGUUCCUGCAUCCGGCACAGCUUGUUCCAGGCAGCUCUCUGUGCAGAAGUCUUCCCCUCUCCCCAGCCCAGCCCAUGUUUGGUGUUUUGGUGGCCUCUUGGGCAGAGCUUGCUGAUAGCAGCUCCACCUCACUGGUCUGUGGCUAAGAGGACAACUCAGGUCCUGGUACCCUGAGAUGGUGACAGCCUCAGCCACUGGCCCACAGGCUUCAUCCCAACUCUGGACACGUUUGUACCCUAUGGCAGGCUGCUCCCAGCAGCUCACCAGAAUUUGGCUGUCCUCAAGUGACCCUGGGCUUCCAGCACCCAGGGGCCAUGAUUCUCUGCUAAUGGAAUGGGUGGACCUGGGCACAUCUAGUAACAUUAGAGGAACUUGCCAUUAAAUCUGUCACACUGUCGUGGACAGUCUUGGACUUCCAUUGUCAGCUGUGAGACUGCUUUUGCCUCCUGACAUUGCGGUGCUAAAUUAGCCUGUUAAGUGUCCGGGCGCCUGGGUACUCGGUGAAGAUGUGUUUGCAUGGCGGUGGGGGAGUGUUUGGGGUGCUGACCAGAAACCUGUGGGUAAGCACACUGUGCACCGCCUCCCUGUGCCACACCCCAUGGGAGACCUGAGGCCGAGCCUGAGACCAGAGGGUAUGAAUGAAGUGUGAGCCAGGGGUCCCAGGUUUCCUUACAAACCUGUUCCAGGAAGCAGGCUGGUGGCGUGAUUCGUAUUCCUUCCAAGGGUAACUGCAGCCUUCAGAGGAGACUUGGGACUCGGGGAUCCUGCAGCUGUGCUCCCCUCAUCCUCCCACGGGUCAGCACAGGCUCCGAUUACACCCCUCCCCCAGCACCAGUCGCUCUGCCCAGCGCUGGGCAGCACUGUGACCACCAUCUGCAGCUGCACUUAGGCUGUCCUGAACCAGGACACCUGUGAGGACACAGCCUGGUCCCGGCAAGGUGCCCUGAAGAGGAGGGACAUGAUACAAGGUUUCAGGAGGACCUGAGU